AUGGGGCUCUCUCACCUACCUGAGGCCUCUGGGGCCACAGAACCCUCCAUGGGCACCCAUGCCUACCGACCAGGACUGCUCUGCCGCUUGGAUCAGACCUUUCAAGGCCAUGUCGGGCCUGGAGAUCAGCUGUCGACGCAGCUUUACCGAAACAAACAGCUUCAGGACACCUUGAUGCAGAAGGAGGAGGAACUGGCCCGGCUGCAGGAGGAGAACAAUCACCUCAGGCAGUUCCUGAAUUCUGCUCUGAUCCAGCAGUUGGAGGAGAAAACCAAGAAGCUGCUCCUGCAGAACAACCAGAGAUGGAGAGCUUUCAAAUCUGGCAAGCGCCGGCUGAAACCAGAAAGCCCUCCUCCUCCUCCUCACGAGGUGUCCCACCCGCAAAAGGCCAGGCGGAACCUCCUGGCUGAUUUCUCCACCUGCGAAGAGCCGCCCCAUCCCUCGGUGGUGGACUCGUGGGUCCUACGCAUCCUUGGGCUCAAGGACGUCAACACCAUUGACGAGAAGUCUCCUGCUUCAGCUAACUACAGUGCCUUGACCGUGGACCUUGCGCCGGGCUCUUUCCUGGGGGAUCCCCUGGGCGUGGCAGCAGACUUUGGCACCAGCCAUAGGCAACCCGCUCUUUACAGAUGUGCUGCAUCGCACCCCUUGGGCACCACUGCCAGUGCGCCUGAGGCUCCUCUGCCGUAUCUUCCAGAGGGUCCUGCCUUGCCUCGCCCUUUGGCGCCGAGGCCGAGGAGCCCCUCUUUGCUGCCUGGCGGAGUGGCCUCCCGCGACCUCCUGCCGACCCGAGAAGACGUGGCCUUCACGGCCUCCUUGAGCCCGCACUGCAAUGUGAAAACGCACACCUUCCGCCAGGGGCAGGCUUUCGUGCGUAGAGACGCGGAUGGGGGUUGGAAACUGACGUGGGUUCCCAAGCAGCCUGAGUGAAGCCGC